UGCUGUGGUUUGCCUGCGCGUGUACAUACACACAUCGCACAACUCAUCAUAUAUGGUUCGAAAAUGGUACGAAGCGAUCUUGGUAUGCGUGCAAAAUAUAAUGCAAACGAUACAAAAUGUUCGGUGUGUGUAUGUGUGUGUGUUUGUGUUGCGUAUGUGUAUUGGUUUCACCUCGUCUUUAUGUGCGUAGUGAGUGCUGAAACUGAAGUAGGAAAACGCACAUACAAUUAAAAUAAGAUGACUUUUUCUCUCUUCGGUUCGGUUUGAUUGCAUACAGAAGUUGAGUUUUAGUUUAAUUUUUUACAAUGAAAAAGUAAAUCGAAUUUAAAAAGAAAAAAAACACACACGCCAAGUUACAGUUCAGCAAAAGAGAAGAAAAAAAAACAGAACACUGAACGAACGAAACGAAACGAAACGAAACGGACCAGAGCCUGUCGCAAAAUUUUCGGUGUGGAAAAAACACGGGCCACUAAUCAUUUUCAUUCUGUAUAUUGAUUUGGUUUGAAUUCGUUCGUAUUAUCUUCUACGCGUUCUCGAUGCGGGUUCCUAUAUAUUUUCGGAUUAUUCGGCUGAAUAUAUUUUGUGUGUGAUCCAAAGAAAUUUAACAACAACAAAAAAAGAGAAGAAAACAAUUUAUUCAAGUUAAUACAAAACAAUUUUGUUGGUCUAUUUGCACUCCGUAAUUGACCUCCGUCUUCUCGGCACAACAAGCCCCCGGUGUUUUGCAUAAAUUAUUUCAAAGAAAACAGAAAUACAAUCAAGUAAUGACCAAUUAAUUUAGUGUUUUUCUUUUCUACCGAUAAAUUCAAAACCAAUCCACAACAAUAAAAUAAAAAAAAAAUUAGUGAAAGAUUGAGAAAAAAAGUUGAGAAAAGAAGAGAAAUAAAACGUGACAUAAGUGACAUAAAAUUACGAACGAAAAUCAAAAUUUGAUUUAUGUAAUUUUGAAAAUUUUGUAAAAAAACGAAGUGACAACACAAACGAGCAACUGAAAAGAAUUGUGCGGAAUAAAAAAAUUAACGUAACAUCAAUAUUUUGUGCAAAGUGAGAGGAGUCGAGAGUCGUAGGCAGAACGAUGUCAAGUCUGGAUGAGAACUGCAAUUUUUAAAUGUUUCAGACGAUAAAAUUAAAUUGAUUCAACCAACUACCGGAGCUUAAAUAGGAGUAUAUCGAGAUAGCGAUUGUAUUUUUGAACGUGAUCCUCCAUUCUCUCUCUGUGUGUGCAUGUGCGUGCGUAUGUAUGUGUUUGGCUUGAAUGUGUCCGAGUGAUAUCGAAAGGAAUAUCGGUGUUGCUGUUUUAUUUUUUGUUCAUCGUGUAUGGAACAAACAACCAGAAAAUCAUCAUAAAUUUCAAGUGCUUCUCGUCGGUGGAGCAGCAAACUCUGAAUAAACGAACGUGCUAAAAUGGUUUCAACACGGCAAAUGUCUAUAACAACCGUUAGUCCUGAAGCAGGAUCAUCGGGAGUGAAUACAAACAGCGGAUCGAGUCGAAUGACGUCUAACACACUCAGUCAACAGAGCAGCAACUCGACACGCCAACAAUCAAACCAUAACUCGGCCAACACUACGGCAAUGGGCGAUGCGACUCAAUCAAACAUUGGUGCUAUCAUCGUUCCGGCACGCCAAAUCCAACUCACAGACAUGCCGGUGGAGAUUUUCGAGCGAAUUUUUCAAUACACCGGCUACAAGGAAGUCUCAAACAUGCGAUUGGUUUCAACUCAAACAAAUCAAAUUUGUAAAACCAUUUUGAAUUCAACGUUCACGAAAUUGCAAACACAACUGAUGAAACGUUUUCAAAAUAUCAAGAAAAUCAUGCCCAGAAGAGAGUCAGCUCGGCGAUCGCAUCCAUUGUCCUACGAAUGUGAUAUCAUUGAGACGUGCUGUAUGCGUUUAUCAUUGUUACAAAUGACAUUUGGUCGGUACAUUGAGCACAAGCAUAUAUGCUUCUUUCCGGGCGCAUUUCUUGACGAAGUGUACAACGUAUUGAAUUAUAUCCGAACCACACCAAAUUUAGGUCGUCCAUAUAAAAUAACCGAAGAGUUGAUAGAUCUUUCAACAAUGGCUAUGGAAUUUUUUAAAGAUCAUUUGGAGCCGUCGAUGCCACAAUUUGGCCUUCUCAGCAAAAGUUUCUUUGGCAAAACUUCGACCGCAACACGUGCACCGUCAAAGAAUUGCUACUUGUUCAAUACAGCAUCAACAUCAACAUCAACAUCAUCGUCAUCGUCAGCAGCGGCAAAUUCAGUGUCCAUAUCAACAAGAUCGAGUCAAUCGAGCUCGAUGCCAUCACCGCCACAAAGUAACAUGGUUCUACGAAAAGGCAUUCGUAAAAUUAAGCAAGGAAUGAAAAAAUAUAACAAUCAAUUGUCUGUGCUGCGCACCGAUUUACGUUUCUGCAAGCGGAAAUCAACUGAUCAAGCCAAACAAAUCACCGAAUUACAAAACAUGUUGGCCGAGCAACAAAAGCAAACACUCGAAUAUGCAAAUCGGCUCGAUGAAAAUGACAAGAAAAGCGAAGAGAUGUCAUCCAAAAUAUCGACAUUGCUGCAAGAGUUGAAUAAAUGCAAAAUUGAAUUGCACUACUAUCGCUCAAAGAGUCCAGCCACACCGAUUUGCAUCUGUAAUAACUGUGGCCAGACCACAUUAACCAUACCACCGGGAAAUUUGUUAGCAUUAAUGAAACAAAAUAAUAUCAAUAGUAGCCGUGAAGAGAUAAUCAAUGUCCUAGGUAAAUGUAAUAAUUUUGAAUUAGAAUCGAAAGUACAAAGCCAUGAGUCAAGCAUCUCACAAGAUCUCACAACAACACCCAAAAGCAAUGCGGUGAACGCAAUGUUGUUAAUGCACAAUAAUGCUGACGACAAUACGGAUGCGCUGAACGACUUGAAUGGAUCAAACACAUCGUCAACAUUGCUAUUGUCGCCGGAAUAUGGCGUUGAUGCAUCGAUCAAUGGUUCCAUGCCAUUAUCGUCAUCGUCGACAUCGUCAUCAGGUUCCGGUGUAUGUACAAAUGUAGCAACGCCCAUCAAUCGUGGCGGCAUUUUUGAUAGCCUUGAGAAGCGUUUGAAAUUUGCUCGUCACAAGGCCAACAGUAAUCAAAAUAUGACCGAAUGGCAAUAUGCGGUUUAUGACAAAACGACGAGUGUCAUCGAGAAUUCGAUGAUGGCCGAUACAAGUUCGUCGGGCAACGAAUUGGCGGCACAGACAACUCAAUCGUCGAACGCACAGCAACUGUCAGCUACUACUGUGCCACAGGAUGAGCAGCAGACUAAACAAAAAUCGGCCAAUGGCGGUGGCGGAGUCAUACUAACAGUAGGCACCCCUCGAUUUUAUGGCAAACGUAAACUGGAUGAUGGCAUAGCAGUUCCAUCAAACGAUGCGAUAUUGAAUAUGUCGGAUCUCGGAGCGGCCAGCGCAACAAUCUCUUUGAACACUCCGGCAAUGGCAACCACAAUUACCAACAAUAAAACCAAUGCUUCGGCCACCAAUAAUCUUGCCAAUUCUAAUCUAAGUGAUAACUAUAAUAAAAAAGCACGAAGAGUACAAAAUAAAUUGAAAAUUCACACUAACAAUACGAAUAUCAAAACACGCAAUAAGUGAACUGAUACUACAAAUGGGACAGCACAUAUACACACACACUCACACUUAAAUGAAGCAACAAAAAUUAGAAGAAACAAACAAAUAAAAACAAUUCAAAAGAGGAUAUGUAAAAAAUAACAAUGAUAAUGUGGACGAAAUAAAUAUUAACUAUUUUAAUUUAAUGAUAGCCCUUGUCAACUUCGAGCUAUACAACAAUUUUUAUCAUGAUGUUAAUGAAAGAACAAAAUCAACUAUUCGAAUCUAUCAUACAAAGCGACAAUUAACAAUUGCAUAUUAUGUCUAUUAAACACUAAUAUUCGCGAUAUAAUUUUAAA